AUGGAGAGCCUUUCAUCCGGGGCUGUGAUUCCACCUGAGGCCUUCCAGGGUGGCCCGGGUGAUGUUACCGGCCUUCUUGGAUGUCUAUGGCAGCAGGCGAAAGCACCAUUGUUGGUGCCAUUUUUGAAAAUGAUGGUCUUUUUGUGCCUGACAAUGUCGAUACUGUUAUUCGUGGAAAGAGUUUAUAUGGGAAUUGUCGUAGUUUUGAUAAAGAUAUUCAGGUGGAAACCCGAGAAGAAGUACAAAUGGGAGCCAAUGAAGGAAGAUUUGGAGAUGGGAAAUUUAGGCUACCCCAUGGUUUUAGUGCAAAUUCCAAUGUGCAAUGAAAAAGAGGUGUAUCAGCUGUCAAUUGGUGCUGCUUGCGGCUUAUCAUGGCCGACUGAUCGAAUCAUAAUUCAAGUUCUUGAUGAUUCAACGGAUCCUGCUAUCAAGGCCUUAAAGGAGCAAGAGUGCAAGAGAUGGGCAAGCAAAGGCAUAAACAUAAAGUAUGAGAUUAGAGAGAACCGCAACGGCUAUAAAGCUGGUGCUCUUAGGGAAGGAAUGAAGCAUAGCUAUGUGAAGCUAUGUGACUAUGUCGCCAUCUUUGAUGCUGAUUUUCAACCUGAGCAUAAUUUCUUGCGUCGUACCAUUCCUUUUCUCGUGCAUAAUCCUGAGUUAGCUCUGGUUCAAACCCGUUGGAAAUUCGUGAAUUCUGAUGAAUGCUUGAUGACAAGAAUGCAAGAGAUGUCUCUUAAUUACCAUUUCAUUGUGGAGCAAGAAGUUGGAUCCCGCACUUACUCUUUUUUUGGUUUUAAUGGAACCGCUGGCGUAUGGCGAAUUUCAGCACUUAAUGAAGCUGGAGGGUGGAAGGACAGAACAACUGUGGAGGAUAUGGACCUGGCUAUCCGAGCCGGUCUCAAAGGCUGGAAAUUUGUGUAUGUUGGUGAAGUCGAGGUGAAGAAUGAAUUGCCAAGUACUUUCAAAGCAUACCGGCACCAGCAACAUCGAUGGUCCUGCGGUCCUGCUAAUCUGUUCAGGAAAAUGGCUAUGGAAAUAGUUAGAUGCAAGAAAGUCUCUCCAUGGAAGAAGUUUUAUCUAAUAUACAGUUUCUUCUUUGUUCGGAAGAUAGUAGCACAUAUGGUCACGUUCAUCUUCUACUGCGUUGUCCUGCCUGCAACUAUUGUGAUUCCCGAAGUACAAGUUCCGGUUUGGGGAGCUGUGUAUAUUCCGUCUGUAAUUACCCUUCUGAAUGCAGUCGGGACACCAAGAUCAUUCCACCUAGUAAUUUUCUGGAUCCUCUUUGAAAACGUAAUGUCUCUGCAUCGAACCAAGGCCACAUUCAUAGGUCUACUUGAGGCAGGGAGAGUUAACGAGUGGAUUGUCACGGAAAAAUUGGGACAUGUCCUACAGACGAAGUUGGGCUCUAAAGUUCCCAAGAAGCCUCGUUUCAGGAUGGGAGACAGAUUACAUCUUCUGGAGCUCUUUGUUGGGUUUUACCUAUUCUUUUGUGGGUGUUAUGAUGUGGCUUUUGGAAAGAGCCACUUCUUUAUAUACCUUUUCCUUCAAUCAACGGCAUUUUUCACAGCAGGAUUCGGGUACGUUGGCACCUUUGUCCCUAGUUCUUACUAAAACUCUUGCAGCCUGGGAAAGAAUCUUUUGGAUUGUCCAAAGGACACAUCUGUACCAUUUUACUACUAUUAUUUUUCAGCUUCUCAAGUCAAAUAAUAGUGGCUGCUUAGUUCUUUUAUGUUGUCAACGAGCAUUUCCAGAGAAUACUUUAUCCGCACUUUCCCAUGCAACAUGCUAAUAGACCUGGAUUAUAAAAUCACAAUCGCCAUUACUUAUUCA